AUGGCAAAAAAGUCCCAGAUCGACGAGAAAAAGUCCCAGAUAAUUUCUCGACGUAAAUCCUUUGUUUUCUGCGACGAUCUCGGAAUAUUUCGGACUCAUGAGAUCAAUACAUCUCUUCCGAGCAUCUUUGGACCGUUUCAACUGAUAGCAACGAAAUGUGGCGGGCAUGUACAUGUUUUCCCCAAAACACUGGUAAGUUAAGCAUAUCGUUUACAGUCUUGUUCGCUACACGAAGCGAGAAAAAAGUUUCUUCGUAGUUGGGCAUGGGACGAUCACUGUACACUGUAUGUAUAGUAGUAUCAUGAUAGUGCUUAGUAUUCUACUUCCUGUUUCAUGCGUUAAGUAAAAUCACUCUGAAGGAGUUUGCAAUUUUCGAGAUGGGAAAAUUUUGGAUAGUUGACAUAUAAUCUUAAUUUACCUGCCUGACAGGCAUAAUUUCUGAGCAAGGUAUUGUACAUCAAAUGUUUAGUUUUUUAUUAUAUAUUAUUGUCUAUUUUUUUUUACCUUCUUUUACAUUAAUUUUCAGAAAGUUUGUGAAGGGGAUGAAAGGAGAGUAUGUAAUAGAUGACACUGGGGAUGCGAAGGAUACAGGAGCAAAAGGAAAAUGUAAUUAA